UUUCCCGGAAGGCUGGGGGGCGGUGCCGGCCUCGGGGCGGCUCGACCAUGGCGGCGGCGCGCCGGGUGCUCGCAGCCUGAGCAGAGCCGCGCAGCAGGAGGAUGGCCUCGCUCGGGUCAGCCGGGGCCGGGGAGCCGGCGACCGGAGCUGAGGCGGAGCCGGGCCCUCCGGCCCCGCCGCCGCCUCCGCCGCCGCCACCGGCUCCCUCGCCGUCCGCUCUCGGGCCGCUGCUGCCCCUGCAGCGCGAGCCGCUGUACAACUGGCAGGCCACCAAGGCGUCGCUCAAGGAGCGCUUCGCCUUCCUCUUCAACUCGGAGCUGCUGAGCGAUGUGCGUUUCGUGCUGGGCAAGGGCCGAGGCGCGGCGGCCGCCGGGGGCCCGCAGCGCAUCCCCGCCCACCGCUUCGUGCUGGCGGCCGGCAGCGCGGUCUUCGACGCCAUGUUCAACGGCGGCAUGGCCACGACGUCGGCCGAGAUCGAGCUGCCGGACGUGGAGCCCGCCGCCUUCCUGGCGCUGCUGAGAUUUUUGUAUUCAGACGAAGUUCAAAUUGGUCCAGAAACUGUUAUGACCACUCUUUAUACUGCUAAGAAAUAUGCAGUCCCUGCCUUGGAAGCACAUUGCGUAGAAUUUCUCACCAAACAUCUUAGGGCAGAUAAUGCCUUUAUGUUGCUUACUCAGGCGCGGUUGUUCGAUGAGCCCCAGCUGGCUAGCCUUUGUCUGGACACCAUAGACAAAAGCACAGUGGAUGCAAUCAGUGCGGAAGGGUUUACUGAUAUUGACAUAGAUACACUCUGUGCAGUUCUAGAAAGAGACACACUGAGUAUCCGAGAAAGUCGACUUUUUGGAGCUAUUGUACGUUGGGCAGAAGCAGAGUGUCAGAGACAACAACUGGCUGUGACAUUUGGAAACAAACAGAAAGUUCUAGGAAAAGCGCUUUCCUUAAUCCGCUUCCCACUGAUGACAAUUGAGGAGUUUGCAGCAGGUCCUGCUCAAUCUGGAAUUUUGUCAGAUCGUGAAGUGGUAAACCUCUUUCUUCAUUUUACCGUCAACCCUAAACCCCGAGUAGAGUACAUUGACCGGCCGCGGUGCUGCCUCAGAGGGAAGGAGUGCUGCAUCAACAGGUUCCAGCAAGUAGAGAGCCGCUGGGGUUACAGUGGGACAAGCGAUCGCAUCAGGUUCACAGUUAACAGAAGAAUCUCUGUAGUUGGAUUUGGUUUGUAUGGAUCUAUUCACGGGCCCACAGAUUAUCAAGUGAAUAUACAGAUCAUUGAAUAUGAGAAAAAACAAACCUUGGGACAGAAUGAUACUGGAUUUAGUUGUGAUGGGACUGCUAACACAUUCAGGGUUAUGUUCAAAGAACCUAUAGAGAUCCUGCCCAAUGUCUAUUACACAGCAUGCGCAACACUCAAGGGCCCAGAUUCUCACUAUGGCACAAAAGGACUGAAGAAAGUAGUGCAUGAGACCCCUGCUGCAAGCAAGACUGUUUUCCUAUUUUUCAGUUCCCCUGGCAAUAACAAUGGCACAUCAAUAGAAGAUGGACAAAUACCAGAAAUAAUAUUUUAUACAUAAUCUAGUGUUAACCAUUCAGUCUAAUCUCAAAAGCAUAAACACCUGGCCACAAAUAGUUUGAGUGUCUUGAGUAUUUAUAAUUACAGAUUAAGAAACAUUUUAAUUUCUUAGAAGUAAAAUAGUUCAUUUAAGUCUCUGCAUGAUUCGAAGCAAAGAGAACCAGGUGUGUGUGUAAAUUGCCGUCUUUUCUGCUUCGUCUUGUGUGAUUUCAUAGAUCCGCUGACUCAUGAUCUUUCAGUAGUUUGGGAAUUGAGAGAUUCUUGUCAUAAUAGCAGAUGUGGGUGUUUGUUUUUUAAAACUUUUGUUUUAACUGUUUUGAAAGUUAGAUGAGAUGGGUGAGUAUUCCUACAGAAUUCUUUUUAACUCAAAUAACUAAUUUCAGAAAAUUAAGAAAACUGACUUUAUAUUUGGGGUUUUCAAAUAUGUGGUCAUUACCUUUUGGAAUAAUGCCUAGAAAACACUCAAGAAAAGUUUCAGUGCAUUUACAGGGAAGGUAUUCUGUAGCAGUAUAGAGGUACAUCACAUAGCACUGUUUUAAAGCUGGAAGUGGGGUUUGUAUAAAUUCACAAUGUGAUAUAAACAGAUCUAAGGGAUUAUCUGAGAUGGAUUCUUUAUCACUCCCAUCCCACUAAGCCUGUCAUGGGUGCUGCCAGUGAUCCAGAUGACUGAGAUAUGACAGAUGCCAACAGAUGACCACUGCAGCACUGCAGUGCCCAUACACAGCAAGAAGGGGAUAGAAUACCAAGAUCCCUAACAGCUGUGCUGAACCAUAAAGCUGUCCAUGUCCAGCUGAAGAGGAAGAAGGCUUUGUGUCACCUACAUAGUUCCACCCAAGAAGUAAAAAUGCUACAGUAAGAGUGGAUCAAAAGGAUAUUUGGCAGUGUGACAUUUCUACAUUUUUUAUAUAAAGCAGAUUUUUAAAAUACAAGUAAGAUAACAUUUUCCCCUUGAAAAUGAUUAUCUUACCAAAAAAACCUUGUAUAAUUAAGCUUAAGGUCUAUCAGUCUAUCAGAUAGUUGUGGGAAAUUAUUAAAAAUAUGAAUUCUUUUAAGUAUCAACUUAAGAAUUUUUCUAAAUAGGAUAUAAAAGUUUUCAUCAAAAGUAAAUUUUGUAUUUUCAAGAUGGCAGGGAGGUGAUGUGUUGGUGGCCAGGAUCUCUUGAAGUUGUUGAAGAAAGGGACCUGUUUUCAGUCUGCUCUGCUACCAUGAUCUUAUGGUCUAAGCUCAGUUAGCGGGAAUGCCCAUGGAAUGUGUGAUUCUGCUUAACUGAAGAGAAGUAAAGACUGUGUAGUAACCAUUCCUUAACCAGUGUUGCAUGCCAGAGGUAAGUUAGUGCUUUCUGACAAUUGGGGCAUUCACAUGCCUUGUGCUUUACUGAACAACUGUAACUGAAUGUAGUCAUGGAAGGAACAAGAUACGGAACCACUCACUGACAUUGGGACAUCACCUGGAAUUUUUAAAAUAAAUUUAUCCUUUUUGUUUACCUA